UCUUGGGCCCGGUUUCCCCGGCGAGAUGGAAGCUGAGGAGUUAAGUAGCAGAGAACUAACAAUUGAUUCUAUAAUGAACAAAGUAAGAGAUAUUAAAAACAAAUUUAAAAAUGAAGACCUUACUGAUGAGCUAAGCUUGAAUAAAGUCUCCGCUGAUACCACAGAUAAUUCGGGAACCGUCAACCAAAUUAUGAUGAUGGCAAACAACCCAGAGGACUGGUUGAAUUUGCUACUUAAGCUGGAGAAAAACAGUGACCUCCGAAAUGAUGCCCUUUUAAAUAAAUUGAUUGGUCGUUACAGUCAAGCAAUUGAAGCACUGCCUCCAGAUAAAUAUGGUCAAAAUGAGAGUUUUGCUCAAAUACAAGUGAGAUUUGCUGAAUUAAAAGCUAUUCAAGAGCCUGAUGAUGCACGUGACUACUUUCAGAUGGCCAGAGCAAACUGCAAGAAAUUUUCUUUUGUUCAUAUAUCUUUUGCACAAUUUGAGCUAUCACAAGGUAAUUUUAAAAAAAGUAAACAACUUCUUCAAAAAGCUGUAGAAUAUGGAGCAGUACCACUAGAAAUGUUGGAAAUUGCUAUUCGUAAUUUAAACCUUCAAAAGAAGCAAUUACUUUCAGAGGAGGAAAAGAAGAGUUUUUCAGCAUCUACAUUAAUUGCUCAGGAAUCCUUGCCCAAUUCACUUGGACAUUUACAAAACAAGAAUAUCAGUUGUGACUCCAGGGGACAGACUACUAAAACCAAGUUUUUAUAUGGAGAGAACGUGCCACCUCAUGAUGCAGAGAUAUGUUAUCAAAAUCCUAUGAAAAAAUCAAACAAAAUUAAAAGGUCACACCUCUUUGGAAGAGUCCCAGUUAACCUUCUUAGUAGCCCAGAUUGUCAGGAGAAGACAGAUGGUCCUGCUGUACCAAAUUUUACAAAAAGACAGACCUUUGGAUCAGAAUGCCGAGAUACAGUUAUGCCUCUACACGGAUCUAAGUCAAGUGGAAGUGAUUCCAUUGAACUGAGAAAGUUAAAGUCGGUUCACAAUAUAUGUUCCAAAGAGCCUCUGAUGGCAGAUGAGAAGAAUUCUGAAUGCAAUACCGAUUCUAUAACUCUGAAGAAUAAAACUGAAUCAAGUCUUCUAACAAAAUUAGAAGGGACAAAAGAGCAUCAAGGACCAAAGAUUUCAGAAAGCUGCCAGAAGCAACAGCAGUCUGAGAGAAGGUCAGAACGUGUAAGUCAGAACCCUGUGGCGUCUUUUAAACAGUGGCAGGUUCCUGAGAUGACUCCAAAAGUUGGUACAGAGCACAAGCAAACCGCUUUUGAACAGUCUGCUUUUUCAGUUUCAAAGCAGUCACCACCAAUAUCAGUACCUAAACGGAUUGACCCAAAAUCUAUCUGUGAAACACCCAGCAGCAAAGCCAUGGAUGAUUACAUGAGCUGUUUUAGAACUCCGGUUGUGAAGAAUGACUUUCCACCUGCUUGUCAGUUGUCAACACCUUAUAGCCAACUUGCCUUCUUCCAGCAACAGCAGCAAAUACCUGUUACUCCACUUCAGAAUUUACAGAUUUCCGCAUCCUCUUCAACAAAUGAAUGCAUUUCAGUUAAAGGAAGAAUUUAUUCCAUAUUGAAGCAGAUAGGAAGUGGAGGCUCAAGUAAGGUGUUUCAGGUGUUGAACGAGAAGAAACAGAUACAUGCUAUAAAGUAUGUGAACUUAGAAGAAGCAGAUAACCAAACCAUUGAGAGUUAUCGGAAUGAAAUUGCCUAUUUGAGUAAACUGCAACAACACAGUGAUAAAAUCAUUCGACUUUAUGAUUAUGAAAUCACGGACCAAUAUAUCUACAUGGUAAUGGAGUGUGGAAAUAUUGAUCUUAAUAGUUGGCUUAAAAAGAAGAAAUCCAUUGAUCCAUGGGAACGCAAAAGUUACUGGAAAAAUAUGUUGGAAGCAGUUUACACAAUUCAUCAGCAUGGCAUUGUUCACAGUGACCUGAAACCUGCCAACUUUCUGAUAGUUGAUGGAAUGCUAAAACUAAUUGAUUUUGGGAUUGCAAAUCAAAUGCAACCAGAUACAACAAGUAUUGUUAAAGACUCUCAGGUUGGUACAAUUAAUUAUAUGCCACCAGAAGCAAUCAGAGAUAUGUCUUCUUCAAGAGAGAAUGGGAAAUCCAAAUCAAAGAUAAGCCCUAAAAGUGACGUUUGGUCCUUAGGAUGCAUUUUGUAUUAUAUGACUUAUGGGAAAACACCAUUUCAGCAUAUAAUUAAUCAGAUUUCUAAGUUACAUGCUAUAAUUGAUUCUAAUCAUGAAAUUGAAUUUCCUGAUAUUCCAGAGAAAGAUCUUCAAGAUGUGUUAAAGUGUUGCUUAAUAAGGGACCCUAAACUGAGGAUAUCCAUUCCUGAACUUCUGGCACAUCCAUAUGUUCAGAUUCAAACUCAUCCAGGCAAACAGAUGGCUAAGGGAACCACCGAAGAAAUGAAACUUGUUCUGGGCCAACUUGUUGGUCUGAAUUCUCCUAACUCCAUUUUGAAAGCUGCUAAAACAUUAUAUGAGCAGUAUAGUAGUGGUGAAAGUCAUGAUUCCUCUUCAUUAUCCAAGACUUUUGAUCAGAAAUGGGGGAAAAAGUGACUGUCAGUUUUUGC